AUGUCCAAAAAAUCGUCGAUUACUGCGGAAAUUACUGCGGCAAGGCUAACAACGGAGCGUCAAAUAGUUCAACAACUCAAGUUGAAUCAUGGUUUAUAUUUGGAUGGACAUGGCAUACGACCAAGUAAUGAAGCUAUUUUUUCCGAUGAUGGCAGGUUGGAAAUAAGCUUAUAUAAAGGAGAACCUAUCGUUUACACUAAUAUAAACGAUCCAACUUCUUCUACAAAUUUGUUCACAUUCAACAAUGAUGUUCGUGAUAAUAUGAGUGAGGUUUCGUAUUUACAAACUUUCGAUGCUUGUAUUAAUUUUCCAAUUGCUGAAUUCAUUUAUGAAGGUGAAUUGUUAGAAUUAUUUUCGAAAUGUAAGGAUAAAAACGACGAAAAUUUAAAUUUAUCAUAUGGCCAUAUCUUCGCUAGAAAAGUUAUGGUUGGUGGCAAAUUAUUUAUCAAAAAUUCAAAUUUAGCUAGUUCAAAACAAAUCGAUACCAUACAAACUCAUUUAACUGGAAUAUAUAAUUUUACCAAAUAUAAUAAAGAAAAUCCAUUCAGUAAUGUCGAUUGGUGUCAUUUACCAAGAGUAGAAACGUCAAAUGGGCAAGUGAUAACAUCUAAGCUGAUUUUAACCAAUUGGAUGAAUAAUCUGUAUCAAAAGAAUAUGUUUGACAUAAUUUCUUAUAACGAUAUCAUUCCAGUCUUUCAAUUAAACCCUGAUAUAUAUGACUUUGAUGACUUCGAGAUACAGCCUGGGGUUGCUAAUUUUGGGAAACAGUUAAGUUUUAAAAGAUGGGCAGAGCACGCCAAUUUAUUCCUUCUAUUUCAGGGUUUAACAUUUAAUAAGUUUUAUAAGAAUUAUGAAGUGGAAGUUAGCAAGAAGAUUGCCUUUAAGUUCAUUGAUAUACCUGUAAUAAAACCAAUUAAAAGAUCAUACUUGAAAUUUAUAAAGCCGGCAACGAAUUUAGACGAAUUCUUCAUAUCUAAUAAUAUCGCUUCAGUUAAAGAUACAAGUUCAUUUCCUUUUAUUAAAAAAUAUGAUAAGUUCAAUAAUUUAGUUAACAAGGAUCAUAUUCAUUUGGUAGUCAAAUGUGAGCAAUAUGAAAUCCUUAUAGAUCAUGUUCAUGCCAAGCACACAAAGGAAUUUGAAGAAUCUAUUGAAAUAGCACUUAAAAGUAUAGAACCAUAUAAAGCAUUACAAGAUACGUUUGAUGAAUUUGGGCAUUUAUUUCCACAGAGAAUUGUCUUGGGAAGAUCGUUUCAUAGUAAUUUACCAAAUAUUUCAUCUAAUUCUUUUAAUAACGUUAGCUUGGAAUCUUUAAAUUCUGAAUCCUUAAAGUCAUAUUUAGAUCAUUUGAACGUUUCAUAUCUUUUAACGCAUGCUGGAGAAAUUAUCGAUAUUGACAAUGACGCUGAAUUAUCUAAUUUGAUUCAAGAUACAAAUUCUGAUUUAGAAAUUAUUGAAUUUGAUAAAAUAAUUUCCACGUCUGAUAUUAUCUUUCGAUCAAAUCAGUAUAAAGAUAUAGCUAAAUUAUUAAAUGUGCAAAAUGAUCUUAAAAUUAUAAUGACAGGGAUUACUGAUUUGAAAGAUUUAGAUGAUAAUAAUGUUGAGCAUUAUAAAUAUGUAAAAAUAGAACCAUCACUGAAAGAUAGUGAUUAUGAAGUUUUUGGUUCGAUUGUUUUAGGAAAAAAAAAACUAGAAGAAUGUUUUAUUAGUUUUGGGAUGUAUGACCUUAAUGGAUUCACUGCGAUUAUAAAAACCUCAAAUUUUAGGAUAACAGAAUGUCAUAUUUUAUGGUUUAUUAUUGGAAAACCUUCGAAAUUAUCUGUUUUUAGUCCGAGGAAUCGAUCUUUUGAAGUUGUUGAUCUUAUUAAGGCUCAAUUUUUAUUAAAACCAGAUAAAUCUUAUUAUAGGAUCAAUAUUGAAAAUACUACAUUGCAUGGAAAUAAUUACUUUUUUAUUAACUCGGAUUAUUCAACAACAAACUUUGGUCCUAAUCAUAUUAAGAUAGCUGGUUGGGAAAGUAACGCUAUUGAUGUUAAGAUAAGCAAUUGUAAUUCCAUUUAUGAUGAUGUUCAGAUAAUUAAUUCCACUUAUGAUGAAUCAAGGUUGUUUAAACUUGAUUUAAAUAUAUGUAUUUUACGUUCAAGUUUAUUAAAGAUCAAUAAUGGAGGAGAGGAAUAUUCUUUAGAUACAAUUGGGCAUAAAAUGACCUUUAAAAAUAGGAAUCUUGAUAUUAAAGAAUUGAAAAUGAUUCCUUUUAGUAAUGAAGAACUUGAAUGUUCAUUAGUGGCAAUAUAUGGCAACAGACCAGAAGUUUCUUAUGUAAUUUUAUCGGUGCCUUCAAAAUUUACUUAUCGAAAGUAUUUUAAAAUUCGAAAGUUAUUAAAAGGAGGUUUAUUAAAUACAAUUCGAUUAAUUUCAGCAAGUGAGGCGACUGCUAUACAUUGUAUGAAAACGAUAAGAAACGAAAAUUUAUUAGUUAAGCCAUUGUCGCAGUUUUUAGUUGUUAAUUGUGGAGGUGCUAUGGUGGAGUUAACUAUUAGACAACUUUUAUCAGAUGACACAUUAGCAGAAAAAUCAUUGAGUUCUGGUGGACUUUGUGGAUCAAUUUACGUCGAUAGAGAAUUUCUUGAAUAUAUAACGAAAAAAGUUGGUCCUGAUGCUUUGAAAGAUCUUAAAAACAACCAUGGUGGACAAUUAAAAUUUUUGGUACAGCAAUAUCAAGAAAUUAAACAUUCAUUUACUGGAAACAAGGAUGAUUAUAAUAUCUGUGAAAUGAAUCUUGAAGAAAUUUGUCCCGACAUCAAACGAUAUGUUGCUGGAACGUAUAAAGACGAUUUGGAAAGAAAUAAAUGGAUUGUCAAACUCUUCUAUGAUGACGUCAAGCAAAUGUUUGAUCCUAUUAUAGUACAAAUUAUCAAAUUGAUUCAUGAACAACUAAAUUUCAGUGAAUCUUGUUUUACAAUUUUUUUAGUAGGUGGUUUUAGUGAAUCAAAAUAUUUACAAAAAUGUAUUGAACAAGAAUUUCAGCAUCUAGUUCAGAACAUUUUUGUACCUGAAAAACCUAUUGAGGCAGUAUUAAGAGGAUCGUUUCAGUAUACAUCCAAUUUAAUUUCUACAAGAGUAAUCAAUAUGACUUAUGGCAUUAAACAAGAUGGAUUAUUUAAAAGGAUAGUAGAUAUUGGUACAGAAGUAAAUGAAAAGCAGGAAUUCGAACUAGAGCUAAAUCCAGAAAAUGAAGCAGAAAUUUAUAUUGAAAUGUAUGAAACAACCGUAAAGGAUCCUAAAUUUUGUGACGAACUUGGUGUUAAUUUAUUCGGUACGAUUAAAUUAGGAGGUCCAAAAGUAUGGUACAAUCAGUUAUUCCAGUCAAAACUGGUGUUUUUAUUUGGUCAAAGUGAAAUUCGUGUUUACAUAAAAGAUCAAUAUGGAAUGUAUAUAAAACCUGAUUUUGAAAUAUUAGAUUGA